AUGGAUAUGACUCCUACCACAACAACAACACCGAUUCCUAAAUCACCCGAACCCGAAUCCGAAACUCCGACCCGGAUCCAACCAGCGAAGCCCAUUUCCUUCAGCAACGGCAUCAUCAAACGCCACCACAACCAUCCUCUCAUCUUCACUUACAAAGAAUGCCUCAAAAACCACGCGGCGGCUUUAGGCGGCCACGCGCUAGACGGUUGCGGCGAAUUCAUGCCGUCUCCGUCGUCAAUCUCCACCGAUCCAACUUCUCUCAAAUGCGCAGCUUGUGGUUGCCACCGUAAUUUCCACCGCCGUGAACCAGACAGCGAUUCCUCAAUCCCUCCGCUUCCUUCCGCCGUCACCGCCGCAAUUGAGUAUCAACCUCACCACCGUCAUCAUCCACCACCACCACCACCACCACAAGCAGCUCCUCCUCCUCCUCGUAGCCCUAAUUCAGCUUCCCCUCCGCCGAUUUCUUCCUCUUACAUGCUUCUCUCUCUGUCCGGGACUAAUAACAACAACCUAGCUUUCUCCGAUCUCAAUUUCUCCGGCAACAAUCACCACCACCAAAUCGGAUCUCGAAAGAGAUUCCGAACGAAAUUCAGCCAAUUUCAGAAAGAGAAGAUGCACGAAUUCGCCGAUCGAGUCGGCUGGAAGAUGCAGAAACGCGACGAAGACGAUGUUCGAGAUUUCUGCCGUCAGAUCGGAGUUGACAAAAGCGUUCUCAAAAUUAAUUUUCAGUUUUUAAUUACAAGUUCCUUACCACGACGGUGUGCCUCGCUCGAUGAGGAAUAA